AUAACAUAACAUUGCACAAUAUAAUAUAAUAUAAUAUAAAAUCUGUCUUUCUCUCUGGUCUCAAUCUCAUUCGAUUUAUGCUUUCUCUCUCACUACCGAUUUCCCCUUUACGAUCGCGCUUCUUCUGAUGACUCUCGGUUCUUCGCGAACUAUGGCCAUCUUUUCCUCCUCAGCUUCCAAUCAGAUACGUUUCCUUCUCAACUCUUUCAACCAACUCAACUUUGACUCCGUUUUCCACCAACUCUCUCAGUUCGCUGAGUUUGGAACGGCUGGAUGCAUUUUGCUGCUUCAAACUUGCUUGGAUCACUUUAAUUAUGUCAGAAGAGAUAGAAAUGAUAUGCAACAUGAGCCAAUUAUUGUGGCAGUCGUUAAGUACCUCUUGGACAAACCAAACUUCAGCACAGUGUUUUCUGAGUCAAUGAAGAAUGUAGAAAUUAAUGAAAGUUUUUUAGAAAACUUUUGUAAUGGAUUACAGUUGUCUUUAUUGGAAAAAAUUGCCAUCAGUCUUGCUUUAUCUGAUUCUGAAAAUCCCGAUGCCAGGCUAUGUGGCAAGAAUUUUUGCAUGGCUCAGAUUGAAGAAUUGUGUGCGAAUCCUGGUUCUUUGAGUUGCCAUGAGCGAAUUCACAGUGUUAUCAUGUUCCUCAAGCAGUCUGAGGGUCUUUCUGAGCACGUAGAUUCCUUCAUGCAGAUAUUAUCGCUGGUGCAGUUCAAGGACACACCGCCUUUUGUUUUGACCCCAUUGCUACCUGAUGAGAUGCAUGGAGCUGAUUUUUUACGGUGGAACAUGGAGUUCAAUGAGUGUGAAGAAAAUGAUUUUGAUGCUAUUUUGGCUGACAUUCAAAAGGAAAUGAACAUGGGAGAUAUUGUGAAGGAACUAGGCUAUGGAUGCACAGUUGAUGUCUCACAGUGCAAAGAAGUAUUGUCACUCUUCUUACCUUUAACUGAUAAUAUGCUCUCUAAACUACUUGGUGCUAUUGCACACACCCAUGCUGGGCUGGAGGAUAACCAGAGCACAUUUUUAACUUUCGGUGCGGCCCUUGGAUACAACAACCUGUCCGAGUUGCCACUGCUGAACUCUUGGAAUAUUGAUGUUUUGAUAGAUACGGUCAAGAAUAUUGCACCACAAACCAAUUGGGUUCGGGUUAUUGAAAAUCUUGAUCAUGAAGGAUUUUACCUUCCCAGCGAAGAAGCAUUUUCUUUUCUCAUGUCUGUUUAUAAACAUGCCUGUAAGGAACCAUUUCCGCUCCACGCCGUAUGUGGGUCUGUCUGGAAGAACACCGAGGGUCAGCUCUCUUUCCUUAAAUAUGCUGUGUCUGCACCACCAGAAGUGUUUACAUUUGCACACUCUGCGAGGAAACUGGCAUAUGUUGAUGCGAUUAAUGGACACAAGCUUCAAAAUGGACAUGCAAAUCAUGCAUGGCUGUGUAUUGACCUUUUGGAUGUCCUCUGCCAGCUAGCUGAGAUGGGUCAUGCCAAUGUUGUUUGGUCAAUUCUUGAUUAUGCCCUUAAACAUUGUCCAGAAAUAUUGCUUCUUGGGAUUGCGCAUGUUAAUACUACUUACAACCUCUUCCAGCGAGAAGUAUCUCUGAUUGUUUUUCCCAUGAUAGUAAAAAGUGAUGUCGGCAGUGGAAUGAUUCUACACCUUUGGCACAUAAAUCCCAAUCUGGUCCUGCGAGGCUUUAUGGAUUCUCAAAACCAUGAUGUAGACAGCAUUAUGAGAAUUGUGGACAUUUGCCAAGAGCUUAAGAUUCUAUCACAAGUGGUGGAAAUUAUUCCCUCUUAUUAUAGUAUAAGGCUAGCAGCUGUUGCUUCAAGAAAAGAAAUUCUUGACCUUGAGAAGUGGUUGAGUAACAACUUAACUACGUACAAAGAGGCCUUCUUUGAGGAGUGCCUGAAGUUCUUGAAGGAAGUCCAAGCUGGCGGAUCACAAAAUCUAUCUGGCCAAUCGUUUCAUCAGUCUGGUGGCGUUCUGAACCUCUUUACUGAGACAACUGCUACGUUCUUGAAGGUUCUCAAAUCUCAUACUGACCUGGUUACCUCUGGACAAGUUUCUGAGGAGCUGGAGAAGUUGCAUAUAUCUAUUAUAGAUUCCAAUCCAAGUCUUCAAAAUAGCGGGACUACUGAUUCAUCUGCUUCUAAUGGAUUUCCGAAAGAUGUUGAAACUGAUGCAAACAAUAUCUUCCAAGAUAUGUUUCAUGAUAAGAUACCUGUCCCUAAUGUGGUGCAAAGGCUAAUCCGAUUCAAGGAAUCUUCUGUGAAGAGGGAGAACUUGAUUUUUGAAUGCAUGAUUGCAAACUUGUUCGAUGAGUAUAAGUUUUAUCCAAGGUAUCCAGAAAUGCAACUCAAAAUUGCUGGAGUUGUCUUCGGUUCUGCGAUCAAGUAUCAUCUUGUGACACAUCUCUCUCUCGGAAUAGCGCUUCGAUAUGUUCUUGAUGCAUUGCGCAAGCCUGCAGAUUCUAAAAUGUUUAUGUUUGGAAGUUUGGCACUAGAGCAAUUUGUGGAUCGUCUUAUUGAGUGGCCCCAGUAUUGCAAUCACAUUUUGCAAAUUUCCCAUUUGCGCAGUACACAUUCCGAAAUAGUUGCUUUCAUCGAACAGGCUCUUGCUAGAAUAUCCUCUGGUCAUACAGAUGUAGAUGGGACAAGCCACACUUCUGUUAUCAGUAACCAUAGUUCUGCACAGACUGCAUUAGCUCAUGCAGAGCUCAGUGGCUCUAGCAUGAUACAACCCGGACAGCAGCAUUUGUCACCGCAGCUUCAACAGAGACGUGAAAAUCCUUUGGAUGAUCGUCACAAGCCCCCUGUUGGUUCAUCUACUGAUACGAGACCACCAUUAGCUUCUCUAGGGCAAUCUCCAGUGAUUACACCAGCUGAUACUUCUAGUCCCAAUAGGAUACCAGGCACAGUCAGUGCCUCGUCAAUGUUAUCUUCUUCUCCUGGUUUUGUCCGUCCGCCUCGUGGAACUACUUCUACCAGGUUUGGAUCUGCCUUGAAUAUUGAGACUUUGGUCGCUGCUGCAGAGAAAAGAGAAACUCCUAUAGAGGCUCCAGGGUCAGAGGUCCAGGACAAAAUAUCAUUCAUAAUUAAUAAUAUCUCGUCUAGUAAUUUUGAAGCCAAAGCAAAAGAGCUCACUGAAAUUCUGAAAGAGCAGUACUAUCCAUGGUUUGCACAGUAUAUGGUUAUGAAAAGAGCUAGCAUUGAGCCAAAUUUCCAUGACAUGUACCUGAAAUUCCUCGAUAAAGUUAAUUCAAAGGCUUUGAACAAAGAGAUUGUCCAGGCAACAUAUGAAAAUUGCAAGGUGCUUUUAGGAUCAGAACUUAUAAAGUCAAGUUCAGAAGAGCGCUCUUUGCUUAAAAAUCUUGGGAGCUGGCUCGGAAAGUUGACAAUUGGACGGAAUCAGGUUUUGAGGGCCCGUGAAAUAGAUCCAAAAUCUUUGAUUAUAGAGGCAUAUGAGAAGGGGCUGAUGAUUGCUGUUAUUCCAUUUACUUCAAAGGUCCUUGAACCAUGCCAAAACAGUCUUGCAUAUCAACCCCCUAAUCCUUGGACCAUGGGCAUUUUAGGAUUGCUUGCUGAGAUUUAUUCAAUGCCAAACUUGAAAAUGAACCUCAAGUUUGACAUAGAGGUUUUAUACAAAAAUCUUGGUGUAGAUAUGAAGGAUGUCACACCGACUUCUCUCCUUAAGGAUCGUAAAAGAGAAAUUGAAGGAAAUCCUGAUUUCUCUAAUAAAGAUGUUGGGGCAUCUCAAUCACAAAUGAUUGAGAAGCCGCCCCCCCUUGUUCCUCCAGUGAAUCAAGUUGAGCUACCGCUUGAAGUCACCAAUCCAUCCAAUACUGGGGCUCAUCCACAUUUGAUGUCUCAGUAUGCUGGCUCACAUCAUAUUUCCACGGGAACAUUGAUGGAUGAUGACAAUAUACCACCCCUGGGUUUGUCUGAUCAACUACCUUCUGCUCAAGGACUGUUGCAAGCAAAUACUACCCCAGCACCAUUCCAGCUCCCAACGCAGAUUCAAAGUAUUGGAACUCAUGUUGUUAUAAAUCCAAAGCUCAAUCAUUUGGGGUUACAGCUUCAUUUUCAACGAGCGGUACCCAUUGCAAUGGACAGAGCCAUCAAAGAUAUAGUGAACAGUAUUGUGAAGCGUAGCGUUUCCAUAGCAACCCAGACAACAAAGGAACUUGUUUUAAAGGAUUAUGCUAUGGAAUCAGAGGAGAAACGUAUUAAAAAUGCGGCACACUUGAUGGUUGCUAGUCUGGCUGGGAGUUUGGCUCAUGUGACAUGCAAAGAACCUUUACGCGCAUCAAUAUCAAGUCAACUGAAGGCUUCACUUCAGAGUUUAAGUAUUGCAAAUGACAUUUUGGAUCACGCUGUGCAGCUUGUGACCAACGAUAAUCUAGAUCUUGGUUGUGCAGUCAUUGAACAUGCAGCUACUGAAAAGGCAAUAAACACCAUCGAUACAGAGAUUAGUCAACAACUUUCAUUGAGAAAGAAGCAUAUGGGUUCUACAUUUUUUGAUACAAACUUGUAUCCACAAGGUUCGAUGGGUGGUGUUCCAGAGCCCCUUCGCCCCAAACCUGGUCAGCUGUCACUGUCACAGCAGCGUGUCUAUGAGGACUUUGUUCGGCUUCCUUGGCAAAACCAGUCUAGCCAGAGCUCACAUUCAACUGCUGUUCAAUCUGCUAAUAGUGGUCUCACGGGCACCAGUGCUCCUGCAUCGGGACAGAUAAACCCUAGUUACUCUCUAAACACAGGAUAUGAGGGGGUCUCUCGACCGAUAGAUGAUAUGCCAGAAUCAAAUUUUACUCCACAUUAUAGUGCUUCGUCAAUUCACAUUAGAUCAGCUGGAAAUGCUUCUCAGCAUAGUAGGGAGAACGACUCUGUUGCCUCAUUUCCUUCAACAGCUUCCACCCCUGAGUUGCACACGGUGGAUUCUUCAGAUGCUGUGAAAGAACCUGGAGCUUCUUCACAGCCACUGGUUUCAUCAGGUGCCGUGGAUCGCAUUGGAAGUAGUUUCUUGGAACCAUCUCUCACUACAAGGGAUGCUCUGGAUAAAUACCAAAUUGUUGCACAGAAGUUGGAAGCUUUGGUUAACAAUGAUUCAAGAGAAGCAGAAAUACAGGGAGUCAUUUCUGAGGUACCUGAGAUCAUACUCAAAUGUGUUAGUCGAGAUGAGGCAGCUUUAGCUGUGGCUCAAAAGGUUUUCAAGGGUUUAUAUGACAAUGCUUCAAACAACGUUCAUGUCGGUGCUUAUCUUGCAAUCCUGACUGCCAUCCGUGAUGUUUGCAAGCUUGCUGUCAAGGAGCUUACUAGUUGGGUAAUUUACUCGGACGAAGAAAGGAAAUAUAAUAAAGAUAUUACUGUUGGUCUUAUCCGCAGUGAACUGCUAAAUCUAACUGAGUACAAUGUUCAUAUGGCAAAACUUAUUGACGGGGGAAGAAAUAAGGCUGCUACAGAGUUUUCAAUCUCUCUUCUUCAAACCCUGGUCAUCGAGGAACCAAAAGUUAUUUCAGAACUUCACAAUCUUAUUGAUGCUUUGGCAAAGCUUGCUAUAAAGCCUGGAUACCCUGAAUCGUUACAACAACUUAUUGAGAUGAUCAAGAAUCCUGCUGCUCUAUCUGCUAGUAAUGCUGGAAAGGAGGAUAAGGCGAAACAGUUAAGAGAUAAUAAGGCUCCUGGUCUGCUAGUUGUAAACAGGGUAGAGUCUGCUGAACCUGAUCCUGCUGGAUUCCGUGACCAGGUUGCCAUGUUGUUUGGUGAAUGGUAUAGGAUAUGUGAUCUUCCCGGUGCCAAUGAUACAGCUACUACCCACUUCAUCGUACAGUUGCACCAGAGUGGGCUGCUUAAGGGGGAUGAUAUGACAGAUCGCUUUUUUAGUCUGUUGAUGGAAAUUGCGGUUUCGCAUUGCUUAUCCACUGAGGGGAUAAAUUCAGGGGCACUGCAAUCCCCUCAACAGAUGCCGACAAUGUCAUUUCUUGCAAUUGAUACUUAUGCAAAACUUGUCUUUUCAAUCUUGAAGGGAUCAAGCAAAGUUCUUCUCCCCAAGAUUCUGGCAGUUGCUGUCAGGUUCAUUGUAAAGGAUGCAGAGGAGAAGAAGGUCUCUUUUAAUCCAAGACCAUUUUUUAGAUUGUUCAUCAAUUGGCUUUUGGAUCUUGGCUCACUUGAACCUGUUACUGAUGGGGCAAAUCUCCAGAUUUUGACUGCUUUUGCCAAUACAUUUCAUGCUCUACAGCCACUCAAAGUUCCUGGAUUCAGUUUUGCAUGGCUGGAGUUGGUUAGUCAUAGGAGCUUUAUGCCUAAAAUGCUGACUGGUAAUGGUCAAAAAGGUUGGCAGCAUAUCCAAAAGUUGCUUGUAGAUCUGUUCCAAUUUAUGGAGCCUUUUUUGAGGCAUGCCGAACUAGGAGACCCGGUCCGUGUUCUCUAUAAAGGCACACUUAGGGUGCUUUUGGUGCUACUUCAUGAUUUCCCAGAGUUCCUAUGUGACUAUCACUUUACCUUCUGUGAUGUCAUCCCUCCAAGUUGCAUUCAGAUGCGAAAUAUCAUCCUAAGUGCAUUUCCACGUAGUAUGAGACUGCCAGAUCCUUCAACUCCAAAUUUAAAGAUUGAUUUGCUUCAAGAAAUAACUCAAUCCCCUCGCAUUCUUUCUGAGGUUGAUGCAGCACUGAAAGCAAAGCAGAUGAAGGCUGACAUAGACGAAUACCUUAAGACGGAACAGGGUACUCCAUUUUUGUCUGAAUUAAAAGAAAAGCUACUCCUCUCACCCAAUGAAGUUGCCUCUGCCGGCACUCAUUACAAUGUGCCAUUGAUCAACUCCCUUGUACUGUAUGUUGGAAUGCAGGCAAUUCUGGAUAUCGAGGUACGAAAUCAACAUGCACAAUCAGUAACAAAUGCACUCAAUCUAUAUUCUGCUACAAAUUCUUCUACAAAUGCUUCUUUGGAGAUUUUCAAGGCACUAAUCGUUGACUUGGACACUGAAGGACGCUACCUUUUCCUAAAUGCUGUUGCUAACCAACUACGUUAUCCCAAUACUCACACACAUUACUUUUCCUUCGUCAUCCUUUAUUUGUUUGCGGAAUUAAACCAGGAAAUUAUCCAAGAACAAAUUACACGAGUCUUGCUAGAACGCCUUAUUGUAAACCGACCACAUCCCUGGGGCCUUCUCAUUACUUUCAUCGAGUUGAUCAAGAAUCUAAGGUAUAAUUUCUGGAACCGGUCUUUCAUAAGAUGCGCACCAGAGAUUGAAAAACUUUUUGAAUCAGUCUCAAGAUCUUGUGGAGGUCCAAAACCAGUUGAUGAGAGUAUGGUCUCGGGUUGGGUUUGAUUGUCCUCAAAGUCUUUCAGUCUUGUUAUUUUUGUUUAGGCUAGCUAUCUCAUAACUAACCAUUUUAGACGGGGAUUUUUACGAACUUUGUCAAAGAUCCAAUAUACACUAUAUAUUACACAUUGUAAAUGAUAUAUUUUCUGCGAAGUUCUCUAUUUUAUGAACUUGUAACUAUUUGCAAGCUUCUCCAGACCAUAAAUGCCCUCUUAUUAAUACUUGAACUAAGGGUUAAGGUUGUAAUUUUUCUUACAUCAACACAUCAUGGAGUUAUCAUAUUUCAUUGUAGCAUGGAGAGAUUCAGUGCUACAAUACGCUACAAUA